CGACGCGAGGGGGGCGGGGCGCCCGUGAGGCUCGUAACGCCGAGGGAAGCCCGGACUCUAGUCGCGGCUCAGAGUCCGUCUGUCCGCGGGUUCCCGGCCCCGCUGUUCCCUGUUCUCUGAAGCCCGCGGUUCGCCGCCCCGCUCACCGCCGCGAUGCCGGUGUUCCACACGCGCACGAUUGAGAGCAUCCUGGAGCCAGUGGCGCAGCAGAUCUCGCACCUGGUGAUCAUGCACGAGGAAGGCGAGGUGGACGGCAAAGCCAUCCCUGACCUCACCGCGCCCGUGGCCGCCGUGCAGGCGGCCGUCAGCAACCUCGUCCGGGUUGGGAAAGAGACUGUUCAAACCACUGAGGAUCAGAUUUUGAAGAGAGAUAUGCCACCAGCAUUUAUUAAGGUUGAAAAUGCUUGCACCAAGCUUGUCCAGGCAUCCCAGAUGCUUCAGUCAGACCCUUACUCAGUGCCUGCUCGAGAUUACCUAAUUGAUGGGUCGAGGGGCAUACUCUCCGGCACAUCGGACCUGCUUCUCACCUUCGAUGAGGCUGAGGUUCGUAAAAUUAUUAGAGUUUGCAAAGGAAUUUUGGAAUAUCUUACAGUGGCAGAGGUGGUAGAAACUAUGGAAGAUUUGGUCACUUACACAAAGAACCUUGGACCAGGAAUGACUAAAAUGGCCAAGAUGAUUGACGAGAGGCAGCAGGAACUGACGCACCAGGAGCACCGAGUGAUGCUGGUGAACUCCAUGAACACCGUGAAAGAGUUGCUGCCAGUUCUCAUUUCAGCUAUGAAGAUUUUUGUAACAACUAAAAACUCAAAAAGCCAAGGAAUAGAAGAAGCUUUGAAAAAUCGCAUCUAUACUGUAGAAAAGAUGAGUGCCGAAAUUAAUGAGAUCAUUCGUGUAUUACAACUCACUUCUUGGGAUGAAGAUGCCUGGGCCAGCAAGGACACUGAAGCCAUGAAGAGAGCAUUGGCCUCCAUAGAUUCCAAACUGAACCAGGCCAAAGGUUGGCUCCGUGAUCCCAGUGCCUCCGCAGGGGAUGCUGGUGAGCAGGCCAUCAGGCAGAUCUUAGAUGAAGCUGGAAAAGUCGGUGAACUCUGUGCAGGCAAAGAACGCAGAGAGAUCCUGGGAACCUGCAAAAUGCUAGGGCAGAUGACUGACCAAGUGGCUGACCUCCGAGCCAGAGGACAAGGAGCCUCGCCCGUGGCCAUGCAGAAAGCCCAGCAGGUGUCUCAGGGUCUGGACGUGCUCACAGCCAAAGUGGAGAACGCAGCCCGCAAACUGGAGGCCAUGACAAACUCAAAGCAGAGCAUUGCCAAGAAGAUCGAUGCUGCUCAGAACUGGCUGGCAGAUCCAAAUGGUGGACCAGAAGGAGAAGAACAGAUUCGAGGGGCUUUGGCUGAAGCUCGAAAAAUAGCAGAGUUAUGUGACGAUCCUAAAGAGAGAGAUGACAUUCUACGUUCUCUUGGAGAAAUAGCUGCUCUGACUUCUAAAUUAGCAGACUUACGAAGACAGGGGAAAGGAGAUUCCCCAGAGGCCCGAGCGCUGGCCAAGCAGGUGGCCACUGCCCUGCAGAACUUGCAGUCCAAAACCAAUAGGACUGUGGCCAAUAGCAGACCCGCCAAAGCAGCGGUCCACCUUGAGGGCAAGAUUGAGCAAGCACAGCGGUGGAUUGAUAAUCCCACAGUGGACGACCGGGGCGUCGGUCAGGCUGCCAUCCGAGGGCUCGUGGCCGAAGGGCAUCGACUGGCUAAUGUCAUGAUGGGGCCGUAUCGCCAAGAUCUUCUUGCAAAGUGUGACCGAGUGGACCAGCUGACCGCCCAGCUGGCUGACCUGGCCGCCAGGGGGGAAGGGGAAAGUCCCCAGGCAAGAGCGCUGGCAUCGCAGCUACAAGACUCCUUGAAGGAUCUGAAAGCCCAGAUGCAAGAGGCCAUGACUCAGGAGGUGUCAGAUGUUUUCAGCGAUACCACAACUCCCAUCAAGCUGUUGGCUGUGGCGGCCACUGCACCUCCUGAUGCACCCAAUAGGGAAGAGGUGUUUGACGAGAGGGCAGCUAACUUUGAGAACCAUUCAGGAAGGCUUGGUGCCACGGCCGAGAAGGCAGCUGCUGUUGGAACUGCUAAUAAGUCAGCGGUGGAAGGCAUUCAGGCUUCCGUGAAGACAGCCCGGGAACUCACGCCCCAGGUCGUCUCCGCUGCUCGCAUCCUACUCAGGAAUCCCGGAAACCAAGCCGCUUACGAACAUUUUGAGACCAUGAAGAACCAGUGGAUCGAUAAUGUUGAAAAAAUGACAGGGCUGGUGGACGAAGCCAUCGAUACCAAAUCUCUGUUGGAUGCUUCCGAAGAAGCCAUUAAAAAAGACCUGGACAAGUGCAAAGUGGCCAUGGCCAACAUUCAGCCUCAGAUGCUGGUCGCUGGGGCAACCAGCAUUGCUCGCCGGGCCAACAGGAUCCUGCUGGUGGCGAAGAGGGAGGUGGAGAACUCUGAGGACCCCAAGUUCCGGGAGGCUGUGAAAGCCGCCUCCGACGAACUGAGCAAAACCAUCUCCCCGAUGGUGAUGGACGCAAAAGCUGUGGCUGGAAACAUUUCUGACCCCGGCCUGCAGAAGAGCUUCCUGGACUCGGGAUACCGGAUCCUGGGAGCCGUGGCCAAGGUCAGAGAAGCCUUCCAACCCCAGGAGCCUGACUUCCCACCUCCUCCGCCAGACCUUGAGCAGCUCCGACUGACAGAUGAGUUUGCUCCUCCCAAACCACCCCUGCCUGAGGGGGAGGUCCCGCCGCCCAGGCCCCCACCACCAGAGGAGAAGGAUGAAGAGUUCCCCGAGCAGAAAGCCGGGGAGGUGAUUAACCAGCCAAUGAUGAUGGCUGCCAGGCAGCUCCACGAUGAAGCUCGCAAAUGGUCCAGCAAGGGCAAUGACAUCAUUGCAGCAGCCAAGCGCAUGGCUCUGCUGAUGGCUGAGAUGUCUCGGCUGGUAAGAGGGGGCAGUGGUACCAAGCGGGCAUUGAUCCAAUGUGCCAAGGACAUCGCCAAGGCCUCAGAUGAGGUGACUCGGUUGGCCAAGGAGGUUGCCAAGCAAUGCACGGAUAAGCGGAUUAGAACCAACCUCUUACAGGUGUGUGAGCGAAUCCCAACCAUAAGCACCCAGCUCAAAAUCCUGUCCACAGUGAAGGCCACCAUGCUGGGCCGGACCAACAUCAGUGACGAGGAGUCUGAGCAGGCGACGGAGAUGCUGGUUCACAAUGCCCAGAACCUCAUGCAGUCUGUGAAGGAGACUGUUCGAGAGGCAGAAGCAGCUUCAAUCAAAAUUCGAACGGAUGCUGGAUUUACACUGCGCUGGGUUAGAAAGACUCCCUGGUACCAGUAGGCACCCGAUGGAACCUGGUUGGCACAGAAACUCCUACUAAACAGUAUGGAAAUGAUCUGAGCUCCAGGAGCCACCCAGAAUUGCUGGGGAGUUGAAAGCCACAUCCUGGCCUGAUAUAACAGAAAGGAAUGGGGCCUCUUCACAUUAGAAAGCAUUUAUUCUCUUGUCAUGGACACUCUGAAAUGUGUCUGCAUCCUCAAACAGUUAUACUCCUGCACAUGCUCCCAAUAGGCAGACUGGGUUCUAGCCCAUGGACUUCACAUAAGCUCAGAAUCCAAGCGUGAACACUAGCCAGACACCCUGCUCUUUCCUUGUUCCCAGGGUACAAUGCCCUGUCUGCUUCCUUUCCCUGCUCCCUAUUCCCCCGCCAGGCUCCCGAGACCCAGGACCCAGGCAAGUCGGUUAAGGAAUCACUAUGCCUCCAAAAUUUGUUUUGGGCUUUCCAUGUUGCUGCUGACCUGCCUGUGUUCCCUGGCUGCUACCUGGACCCUUCAGAAGUGAGCCUCCCUGCUGCAGGGGAAGCUGGCCUCUGGGGCAGCCUCAGUAAAGGGGUCCUGGCUUCACUUCCUACCCCUCCACAAUUCAACCCUUCUAGUUUCCCACAGUAUACAGUCAAAGCUCAGUCUGUCGGGAGGAAAUCACAGAAUCACAAUCGUCUUCUCCCUGCCCCUGUGCUAGGGAAACCCCUCGUCCCAUAUCCCCCUGCCAUGGCCAGCCAAGGUAGCCACCCCAUGAACACACUGUGUCCUGGUGCUCUCUGCUGCUGGAGGGGCAGAGGUGCCGGGAGUCGCUCUGCCCAUCAUCCCAGCAGGGCCACUCCCAGGCGCUUCAUGCUUUGUCACUGCCGGCACAGGUCUGUGCUGAGGCCUUAUCAUUCAUUCUUAACUCUUAUUGUUCUCCCUGAGCUGAAAUGCUGCAUUUAAUUUUUAACCAAAUCAUGUCUCCUAUCUUUGCUUUUAUAUUCUUGCCCCACACCCUGCCUAAAUAAGAUUUUUAAAGAUAUAUGUUUGUUCUUCUAUAAUUUUGAAAAGAUCCUGUUUAUCCUUUUGAAAUUCAGUCCUAAGAAUUGGUGCUUGCCCCCAGGAGUGUUUAGUGGACAGGCAGUCCUGUCUGAAGGACACUUCUUACCCAAGGGAGAGCGGUACUUGCAGACUGGAAUUCUGGCGCUGUUGGGGAUGAAUCAAUGGGAAAUAGUCCUCAGUAAUUCUUAUCUCCCUCAACCAACUACAACCAAGCCCCUCGCAUCCUCUCCCCCUCCUAAGUCCUACUGUUCAAGAGAGUAAUGGGUAAAGUAUUAAAUCAUCACCAUAAGUUUCCUAUUAGCAAAUGAGAGAAGAGUUUUUCCUCUUGCUUUUAUCACUGCUGUCUAAGCAUCCCCAGCACACGAAAGCAUAUUUCUCCCCAAAGCCAGAACUGGGUGAGUAGAGGAGGAAGAACCCUUGCCUGAAUGCCUUUCCUUCCCACCUCCAAUGUGGUAGAUCCCAACAUAUAAUGUGUAAGACUUGGUACUGUACACUCAGGCUUCCUCUAUUUCCUAUUAACUGAUGAAGAUUAUUUUCGAGGCCC